UGUGUAAAUCUUAAACUUUCGAAAGUUACUAAAAAUUCCUGCAACUUUGACCGGAUGCUGGAAUUUCUCCGGUGAACACUGUAUUUUCUAUACUUCCGGUAGCGUUUCAAGAAAAAGUUUCGAAAUAAACAUGGCAUUAACUUUGACUAGGAAAAUAAUUCAACCGUUAAGAUUGAUAAGUGUCAGAGCUAUGUCAGGAGACUUGGGAAGUGGAGCUGGCAAGGGUGGUGGUUCUGGCGGCUCAAUUAGAGAUGCUGGUGGUGCAUUUGGGAAGAUUGAGGCGGGGAGAGAGGAGGAAUACUUUCAUAAACUGGGAGACCAACAGCUGAAAGAGUUUCAAAAGAAUAUGAAUGAACAGAAGAAAUUCCACGAAGAGGAAAUCAGGCGACUUGAGGCUUCUCUGGCUAGACACAAGGAACAGGUCAAGAAAUUAGACAAAUUGGAUGGUGACUCGGAUUAAAUUACUUACUCAGUGACACUGGGCAUCGAUAAGUGCUGAUGAAUGUUUUCUGUUCUAAGUUUUCAAAAUUAUACUGGUAUUUAUAUAGGGAGUACAUCCGUUUCAAAGGAAACAAUAAUAGACGCCAUAUUACAAAGUGCUUAUUUGUUUAAAUCCCUGAUACAAUUUCUGUGUACCAAUAGUUAUAAAAUUGCCUUUUGCAACUGACUUUAUAAAUAAAUAGGUGUGAAAUGUGGUUAAAUAAAUAUAUAGAAGUGGUAUUGUUAAAAAGCAUAUCUAACAGAUUCAGUAAAGUGAAUAUGCUCUUGUUAAAGUUUGGUAUGAAACGUGAAUGACAGACACAUUAAAUGUGUACAUUUCGAGCAUAAUUAUUGAUAAUUAUUGUGUGGUAUGUUUAUAAAAGAUCAUUGUGGGCAUUGUCUGACCAAGGUUUGCAGUAUAAUAGCUAUGUUACAUACUGUUAAAGUGUUUGAAUUGCUAUUAAAAAGUGAUGUUUUCUAGUUAA